AGAGAAGCAUUAUGAGCUUAGUGCACCUUUAUGUAAGUUUUGAACUACUGGCUCUUCCAGAGAGAAAGAAACAGACAGAAAAAGACAGGAAAAGAGAGAAAGGAAUUACGAACUGCAAUAUUUAACAGUUUACUUCACUGAAAGAAAAAGGAUUAUAUUUUUUUCUCUAUCGUUUAGGAGACCAUUACAAUUUCAGUAGUAUUUGCAUAUGAAUAUUUAUUAUGCCUGUCAUCUAACUAGAGACAUGAAGGUGAUCUGGAUAAAUCUAGAAAUAAUACAAAUCUGAAGAAGUGUCAUGCAUCUCCUGAGACUGUAUAUGGAAUAAAACAAAUUUGGGAUAUCAUGGAAUAAGACAGAUCUGGGAUAUCAGACUGAAUUUUAUUAAACCACAAAAAGAAAAACACUGGAAUCAGUGCAGGCACUUUGUUUAUACAUUCUGAAAUGAUUAAGGGUACAAUUCUAUUCACCAGGUUACAAGCUGGAACUACCAAGUGGGCAUGUUGCAAAUGGGUAGAUUGAAAGUUUGAACUGACAUUCACUAGCUAAAAUAAAUCAAGUUUACACCAUAUGUCUCAAAUAUAUAUUAGCUUACAUUUUUGAGGAUGCCAGAUUAUAAUAAUUAGGUUAGAGAGAGGAGCUGGUUGAGUGACAUGGUAUAAAUGACUGAUGAAAGUAGUUAUACUAGCCAGAAGAAACCAAAAACUCAUUAAAACUUAAAUUCAAGAUUGAUGAUGACGAUGAUGAAGAGUACUUUAACCAGAAAGCAGAGAACUCAAGCACGUUUCUGAAAGGAAACCAGUUUUUGCAAACAGUAGAUAAAAGUCCUUAUUGUUUAUUUCACAUUCUGCCUAGCUGAGAACCAUGAAUCAGUCUGCUCAGCUGAACCUGACAACAAACUGGAAACCUGAAUCAGUGUUAAUCCCUCUUAUCUUCUCUCUUAUUUUCCUUGUUGGGACGAUAGGGAACAGCCUGGUCUUAGCUGUUCUCCUGCGAAAUGGGCAGAUGAACAACAACACAACCAAUCUGUUUAUCCUGAACCUGGGUGUUGCUGACCUCUGCUUUAUCAUCUUCUGUGUCCCCUUCCAAGCCACCAUCUACACUUUGGAGGGGUGGGUGUUUGGUCCGUUCAUGUGUAAAGCAGUGCAUUUUUUUAUUUACCUUACAAUGUAUGCAAGCAGUUUUACUCUGGCAGCUGUCUCCCUUGACAGAUAUUUGGCAAUCAGAUACCCACUGCGUUCCCGUGAACUGCGAACACCGAAGAAUGCUGUUACUGCCAUCUGUUUCAUCUGGGGACUUUCCUUCAUUUUUGCUGGACCUUACCUGAGCUACUACCAGGAGAUUCUACAUCCUGAAAAUGUAACUGUCUGCUUUCCAGUUUGGGGGAACAAGCAACGUCAGAUCAUGGACCUUUGCACCUUUGUUUUCAGUUACAUAAUCCCAGUGCUUAUUUUGAGUCUCACUUAUGCCAGGACCAUUCGGUAUUUAUGGACAUCUGUAGACCCCAUAGAAGAUAUGUCAGAGUCCAAGAAGGCCAAAAGAAAGGUCACCAAGAUGAUAAUCAUAGUGGCUGUCCUGUUCUGUCUCUGCUGGCUGCCUCAUCACUUGCUCAUACUGUGCUUUUGGUAUGGUUACUUUCCCUUGAACCACAUCACAUAUUCACUCCGGAUCCUCUCACAUCUGUUGUCUUAUGCCAAUUCUUGCUUGAAUCCCAUUGUCUAUGCUCUGGUUUCCAAACAUUUCCGUAAGGGCUUCAAGAAGGUUUUCAAUUGCAUUCUUCAGAAAAAAGCCACUAACAAAGUCCACGUGGUCCAAGUGGCCAACACUGUAAGUACCUUGGAAGCAGGCUCCACUGAAGUGACCCAGAUCAGUGAGCCUCGUGGCAGAGUGUCCAGCUGUUGUCAGAUGCCAGUGCAACAGUGGAGUGAACCACAACAGCCAGCUGUAGGAGACACCUCCACUAAUAACUUCAUUAGUUUCAAUGUGACUUAAGUCGUUUUGUUGUUAAACAGUCUUUAGCCAUAAAGGGAUAAAGCUUGUAGUUUUAGCAUUUGAUAUAGGGUAGACACAGAGUAAGAAGCCACCAAAUUCUUGUGAAUGCUUCUAAGGAAUUGAUGAGCAAGGUGAUGCUGUUUGUGAAAGUCUGGACGAUAAAAAAUCUCCUUCUGGUUUUGAAAAGAGUUAAGAAUUCUUGUAAUUUUUAAGGUUAUUGAAGAAAUGAGCAUAUUUAGAAAAGUACACUGACAUUCCACAAUAUGACCUUAUCCUAGUGCCUUGGAACUCAGCUAAUUUUGAGUGUUGGGAGAUACACUUAUAUGUUGCAACAUGAGAUAUGAAAUGCACAUUCAUUAUGUUGUAAACCUAUGCCCAUGGGGUGUCAUUUUAUUGUUAACUCUGUAACAGAUAAUGAUCAAGCGAACCUGGAAGGUUGUUGUUAAAGCUAGAACCAGCCGUUUAUGCUAUUCAACAGAUGGAGCAUGAUGGUUCUCAUCAAAAAAGUGAUAGCUUCAGACAUCAAGUCCUGAUCUUCUGAAGUUGUCUGAUUUUGGUUUUGGCUCUAGAUGCUAUCUGACACUAUAGUUAAAUGUCUGAGUGUUUCUGACAUGUAGGUAUUACUUAUAGACCAUGAUUAGCUAAAAGCUGAGGAAUCAUAUAGUUAUGUGGCAAUAUAAAAUGAAAAACGUUUCUGUUUUUUGAUGUAAUAGCCGCGACUGUUGUAAUUUACCAAGUAAAAUGCUAAAUAAUCUGCAAAAAACA